GUUGCGCAUAGCGGCGGAAGUCCAAAGCUGCUGUGUAAUUGUAGAGUUUAGCAGUCCCGCUUGUUCGAGACUAAACAGUUUGUUCACACAUUAGACAUGCCGGACUAUCUGGGAGACGACCAAAGGAAGAUUAAGGAAGAGGAGAAGGAUGACUCCCCUAUUAGAGCUUUGGAUGAAGGAGACAUCGCUCUGCUCAAAACAUAUGGUCAGAGUACCUAUUCCAGACAGAUCAAACAGGUGGAAGAUGACAUUCAGCAGCUGCUCAAGAAGAUAAACGAGCUGACGGGCAUCAAGGAGUCUGACACAGGCCUGGCUCCACCGGCUCUCUGGGAUCUAGCUGCUGACAAGCAGACACUGCAGAGCGAGCAGCCGCUGCAGGUAGCAAGAUGCACAAAGAUCAUCAAUGCAGACUCUGAGGAUCCCAAAUACAUCAUCAACGUCAAACAGUUUGCCAAGUUUGUGGUGGACCUGAGUGACCAGGUGGCUCCAACUGACAUCGAGGAGGGCAUGAGAGUGGGGGUUGACAGAAACAAGUAUCAGAUCCACAUUCCUCUGCCUCCGAAAAUCGACCCCACUGUCACCAUGAUGCAGGUGGAAGAGAAGCCUGAUGUGACCUACAGUGAUGUUGGUGGAUGCAAGGAGCAGAUUGAGAAGCUAAGAGAGGUGGUCGAAACGCCGCUGCUCCACCCUGAGAGGUUUGUCAAUCUGGGAAUCGAGCCUCCUAAAGGUGUGCUGCUAUUCGGGCCCCCCGGUACCGGAAAGACCCUGUGUGCCCGGGCUGUGGCCAACAGAACAGACGCCUGCUUCAUCAGAGUCAUCGGCUCCGAGCUGGUGCAGAAAUACGUGGGAGAGGGCGCCAGGAUGGUGCGUGAGCUCUUUGAGAUGGCCAGGACCAAAAAGGCCUGUCUGAUCUUCUUUGAUGAAAUUGAUGCUAUUGGAGGUGCUCGUUUUGAUGACGGCGCCGGUGGAGACAACGAGGUCCAAAGGACCAUGCUGGAGCUCAUCAAUCAGCUGGAUGGUUUCGACCCUCGAGGCAACAUCAAAGUGCUGAUGGCCACCAACAGGCCGGACACGCUGGACCCGGCCCUGAUGAGGCCCGGACGUCUGGAUAGGAAGAUCGAGUUCAGCCUGCCUGACCUUGAGGGUCGCACCCACAUCUUCAAGAUCCAUGCCCGCUCCAUGAGUGUGGAGAGAGACAUUCGCUUUGAGCUGCUGGCUCGCCUCUGUCCCAACAGCACCGGUGCCGAGAUCCGCAGCGUGUGCACCGAGGCAGGAAUGUUUGCCAUCAGGGCUCGCAGGAAGAUCGCCACAGAGAAAGAUUUCCUGGAAGCCGUUAACAAGGUCAUCAAAUCAUACGCCAAGUUCAGCGCCACUCCCAGAUACAUGACCUACAACUGAGUGUGUGCUUGUGUGUGAUUUGGCUUUGUCAAAAAAAGAAAGUCAAAAGGAUUUUGUUUUGUUGUUAUUGUUGUUCACUAAAAAAUAAAAGUUAUUCCAGA